GGAAUACUCCAUAAAAUAACAAGCAGUAACUGAAGUAGUGAAGCGGAGGGGAAGAAGGGAGCUAUGGCUCCGCCUCCAAAUUGGAUUCCCGAAGACGACGUUUUGCUCAAACAAUCCGUUGAGGCUGGUGCUUCUUUGGAAUCUCUAGCUAAAGGUGCUGUGCAAUUCUCUCGGCGAUAUACUGUACAUGAGCUGCAAGAUCGCUGGGUAUCUAUUCUCUAUGAUCCUCUUGUUUCUGAAGAGGCAUCAGCACACAUGUUUGAGCUUGAACGUUCUGCUGUAAUAAAUCAAUUGAGACCUAAUAAGUUUGACGGAGUAAAAGAUGUAGCUUGCAGUUCAGUGAAGAGAAGAGCUGAAAGUGUCCGGAAACAUUACUAUGCCAUGCGUAAAAGAAUCUGCAUUGAACCGCUGUAUAUGAUGGAUAGCAAUCUUGCUCCCGGGCCUGGUUAUUCUAACUUUAGAGAUGGUAAUGAAUUCUCGUAUGCAGAUUGCAAAGUUGGCAAUUCAGCUUCAACCAUUCUCGGAGCUCAAGGCCCGGGUUAUAGCAUCACGCCUCAUCCCUCAGCUGAAUUUAGGCCGCAUGCUGCUGAGUCCACUGGAAAUGGUAUUAUGCCUGCUUUCAGUGGUGUUCAAAAUCAUGAGCAAGAAGACCUUGGUGGGGAAAAUGUGUCAAACGACCUUCCCUAUCGAUAUGAAGAGAAUAUCUCAUUAACUGGUGAUUGCAGUGAGAUUCCUGGAUUCGUCCAAUCAGAAGAUUUGCCUCCUUGUAACUUGUUUGAAGCUGAGGGUUUAGUGAACCAGGCAAGUGCGUGUACAGAAUUUGGUGACCCGUCAUUUCGCAGUUUUGGGUGUUCACCUCCUUUGCCUCACAUGCCAACUACGAAUAGUUCCCAUGACAUUUCUGCAGCAGAACUGCUCACUGAAAUUGCAGAUGCAGACCUGCAGCUAAGUGAUGCGUUUCUGGUUCCCCAGACUGCAAAUGAGUCAGAUGCAUUAGGAUAUGGUGAUGGCCCCUCAAACCUUGAAUUUGAAACUCCACUCUCUCGUGAUGGCGCGAUAGAUUUGACUUCUAGAACACAAGACUACCUUGAGGAACUGUUUGACCUUUCUAAUGAUGAAGGGCUACUCUACAUGGACAAUGAUGGAAAAGAGGAUAUAGAAAAAUCUUAUCUUGAUGGUUUGAGUUCGCUUCUAUUGGAUUCUUCCAGUCAGUGUGAUUUGUCUGGUUCAGGUCUAGGCGAGGCUGCAGUGGUUGCAGAUGGACAUUUAGGUGAUAGAAGUGAUACACGUGAUGGAGGGUCAUAUAACGAGGACCUCCAUGAUCAGCAGGAAGUUGCGGAUGUUCAAGUGUCAGCCUCUGGAGUUACCCUAAAAGUAGGCCCUGAAUAUUGUAAUGGAGUCAUUUGGUGCACAUUAAACACCGAAGACCCAGAUAUUCCUAGCAAUGAUGAUGUUUUUCUUCCCUAUCGCUUCCCUUCUCCAACUGAUUCCUCGGGGUCUCACUGGGCAUUACAUGACCCUAGCUAUUUAGGGUCCUCAUCGGUUAAGAAUUUCUCAAGCACUAGCAAUGCAAAUGGAGGACACGUUGUGAUGAAAAACACCCACACAUAUUCAUCUCUUCCUUCUGGCAGGAUGGGACAAUUCCAUCCAUCAGAUGCGGGCUUAAGAUGCCGAAAAGAUCAUCGAGUUAAAUUUGAGUUGCCUGAAAGUAGUGUCCAGCAUGCAGCACCUAGAGAAGCUUGGAACAGUGACAACCCAAAUAAUGUCAGUUUAGCAAGUGUGAAUACCAACAAUGUAAUCAAUGGAGUUAAGGGAGGUCCGACAGAGAUGGGACAUGGUAAGAAUAUUGGCCAUACACCCCUCAACCCUCGCAGAGACGAGCAUGAAAGUAAUUUGGAUAUUCGUCAAAACCUUCUGUCAGAUCAUGAGGAGCUUUUGUCUGAAAAUGAAUCUGACGUGCCAUAUUUUUCUGAUGUGGAAGCAAUGAUCCUAGGUAUGGAUUUAGAUCCAGAUGACUUAGAUUUAUACACCAAUCCUGAAGUCCAGAGAUAUCAACUUGAAGAAACCAAGCGAACAAUCAUAAGGCUGGAGCAGUCAGCUGAUGCUUUCAGACAGAGAGCCAUUACGGCCCAGGGCGCCUUUGCAGUUUUAUAUGGCUGGUGCUCAAGACAUUUAAUAAAGAAACCUGAGGUGUUAAUGGGAAGGGCAACAGAUGAUAAUAAAGUUGAUAUCGACUUGGGAAGAGAAAAAAAUGGUGGAAAAAUUUCUCGAAGACAGGCCACGAUGAAGAUGGACAUGUAUGGAACUUUCCAUUUAACGAACCUCGGAAGAACUCCAGUUUACGUGAAUGGAAAAGAAGUUUCCCCUGGGCAGAGCCUAGGCCUUAUUUCUGGCUGUCUCAUCGAGGUUAGGGGAUUGAGCUUUGUCUUUGAGACAAACCGUAAAGCGAUAAAGCAAUACAUGGAUAGCUCUGCAAGAGAGGGGGGUUUACCAGAAUAUUAACCAUCGGUGAGGUGUUGAACGAGGUAAUCAUAUUCAGAAUCGGUACAUGUAUAAAGUAGUCGUCACCAUUAUUUCGCAUAGCUCCAAGUUUAGGUUGACUACAGUCUACAGCUCUUUUCUGCUAAUGAGAUUGUUCCUUGCAUUAGUUUAGUCCUAACCACAUUUUUGUUGAAACUGGAUAACUUUGUUCAUAUGCUGUAGAAACUCUAAUUUCACAGGAAUUAGCUAAGUAGAAGAAAGUUAUGCUAUAUGCCAUUCAAUGUCAUGCCACUGUUCAGUUCCUGAUUCUUGGAUUGCUUUGUGUUGAUUAAA